AUGAGCAGGUACAACGACUACGGCGGCGGCGGAGGAGGGUACAGAGGAGACAACAGGGGCCGCAUGGGCGGAGGGUUCCGUGAUCGACGAGGCGAUGCCACCGGUGGUGGUGCCGAGCACUUGGCUCGCAUCCACGGCACAGAAGAAGAUCGGGUGAAUUGCCCCUUCUACUUUAAGAUUGGCGCGUGCCGGCACGGUGACCGUUGCUCCCGCUCCCACAACAAACCUGUGUUCUCCCAGACCCUCUUGGUUAAGCACAUGUACCAGAACCCGCUGUCGACAGUGAUUGCGGCAAACGGCGACCCGAACCAGCUUGACCAAAAGACCGUCGACGAAGACUUUGAGGACUUUUUCGAAGAAGUGUUUGAAGAGCUGUGCAAAUUCGGCAAGCUUGAGGAGCUGAACGUGUGCGACAACCUCGGCGACCACUUAGUGGGAAACGUGUACGCGAAAUUUGAAGAUGAAGAGUGUGCUGCCGCUGCGCAUACGGCGCUAUACGGUCGGUUCUACGGCGGCCGCCCCAUCAUGUGCGAGUACUCCCCCGUUACCGACUUUCGGGAGGCAAGGUGUCGCCAGUUCGACGAAGGCACGUGCAACCGUGGCGGGUACUGCAACUUUAUGCACAUCAAGAUGGUGUCGCGCGCAAUGAUGAUUGAGCUGGAGCGGCACUACAACACAUACGGUGACGACGAAAAGAAGGGAGGCGGCGAUCGAAGCAAAAGCCGGUCGAGGUCCCGAUCUCGUUCGCGGACUCGUGGCCGAUCCCGACGGAGCAGAUCGAGAUAA